AUGACAUGUUCUCGUUGGUCAUGUCUUAUGCUCCUGCAUUGCUAUGCUAGUUGUUAGCUUGUUGCAGGAUGGUGGCGAGGGCACAUGUUUGUGUAUUUGGCGAAAAAAACAAACAUGACCUUUGAAGCUAUUUCUGUUACAAAAAAAUACAUUAUUCGCAGAAUCGGCACGGCUUUUUUGGUGAUUUUAUAGUUACCGAAAUAGCUAGCGGUUUUGUAAUUUUUAGUAGUCUAGUUUCUGAUCCAGAUUAUGGUUUGUUGAAAGCGAGACAUUGGAUCAUUUCCGAUCUUACCAUUGGUCAAAGUAUGAUCCGUACACAACCAUACCAAUUCUUCCAUCUAUUGACUCCUUAAGUUAAUUUUUUUACAUCCAAUGUAAGCUGCAAAUACUGUAUGCUGCAUCCACUACAGAGUGCUGCACUGUAAAGGAAGAAGACAAGAACCUUGGUCAUUGGGAAGCAGCCCAUUACCAGAUGAAUACCCCUCCUGAUCUACUGUAGUAUUUUUUUUCCUGUUACCUUUUCAUUAAGAUGGCCCCCCUUCUUCUCUUCAGGUUGCCACACUGAUCACCUCUGCUGCAACACACAAUGGAGAGGAAACGCAGAAAGAAAUGAAAACUCAAGCCAUGUGUUAUUCAGGCUUGCUAGAGUUCUGGACCUAAGCUUUUUUAAAACUGCAACUUUAAGUUUGUUACCUUUGCGGACACAUGCAUCUUUGGACGGGAAAUUAGCUGAAACGGACCACAGGGACCAUGAGCAUACGGCUGUGUUUGCUUAUGGCCAUGCUUGGGGGUCUUUUGCCUCUGGUGGGCACAGAGAAAGAGAGUGGACCUCUCUCCACUCUCUUUCCUCUGCUAAAUGCUGAUGCACUCUUGAGCCCGAACUGCUCACAGCUCACACUCAAACUGAACUUUUCUACCAAAGUGGUUAAGCAUGAGUACAUUGUUGCAUUUAACGGUUACUUCACAGCCAAAGCUCGCAGUCAUUUCAUCAGCAGCGCCCUGCGAGAUGUAGAUGCGGUGAACUGGCGUAUCGUACGGCGGAAAAAUCCUGCCAGCGAUUACCCCAGUGACUUUGAGGUGGUGGAGAUCCGGCAGGAUGUCCGUAGCAGUCUGCUCAACCUGCAGGACCACCCCUACAUCAAGCGAGUGACGCCACAGCGCAUGGUCCUCCGCAGCCUCAAAGUGACUGACUCAGGCACUGAUGGCGGAUCACCGUGCAAUGACACACGCUGGGUGCAGAAGUGGCAGUCAUGGCAGACUUCAAGGCCACUCAGGAGAACCAGUUUAUCUCUGAGCUCUGGUUUCUGGCAUGCCACAGGCAGACACUCCAGUCGUCGUCUCCUACGGGCCAUCCCCAGACAUGUCGCUCAGAUACUGCAAGCAGAUGUGCUCUGGCAGAUGGGACACACUGGCUCUGGAGUGAAGGUAGCAGUAUUUGACACUGGGCUGAGUGAGAAGCACCCUCACUUUAAAAAUGUUAAGGAGAGAACCAACUGGACCAAUGAGAAAACACUGGAUGAUGGGUUGGGUCAUGGCACGUUUGUUGCUGGGGUUAUUGCAAGCAUGAGGGAGUGCCAGGGAUUUGCUCCAGAUUCUGAGCUGCAUAUCUUUAGAGUUUUUACCAAUAACCAGGUGUCCUACACCUCCUGGUUCUUAGAUGCCUUCAACUAUGCCAUCCUGAAGAAGAUAGACGUCUUAAACCUCAGUAUAGGGGGGCCAGACUUCAUGGACCAUCCAUUUGUUGAUAAGGUUUGGGAGCUCACAGCCAACAAAGUGAUUAUGGUGUCUGCUAUUGGCAAUGAUGGCCCAUUGUAUGGAACAUUGAACAAUCCAGCAGAUCAGAUGGAUGUUAUUGGUGUCGGAGGGAUUGAUUUUGAGGACAACAUUGCCAGGUUCUCAUCCCGGGGCAUGACAACAUGGGAGCUGCCAGGUGGCUAUGGCAGGGUGAAGCCUGACAUUGUGACGUACGGCUCUGGUGUGCGUGGUUCAGGAUUGAAGGAGGGCUGUCGUUCUCUCUCUGGCACCAGUGUUGCAUCACCUGUGGUGGCUGGAGCUGUCACUCUUCUGGCCAGCACUGUGUUGAACAGAGAGUUGAUAAACCCAGCCAGUAUGAAGCAGGCUCUGAUUGCGUCAGCCCGCAGGCUGCCGGGUGUCAACAUGUUUGAGCAGGGCCAUGGUAAACUCGACCUGCUUAGAGCCUACCAGAUCCUUAACAGCUAUAAGCCACAAGCCAGCCUGAGCCCCAGUUACAUAGAUCUGACCGAGUGCCCAUACAUGUGGCCCUACUGCUCUCAACCCAUUUACUCUGGUGGCAUGCCAACUAUUGUCAACGUGACCAUUCUUAAUGGUAUGGGUGUGACUGGCAGGAUUGUGGACAAGCCCAUCUGGCAGCCCUACCUGCCUCAGAAUGGGGAUUACGUGGAUGUGGCAGUAUCUUACUCACCUGUACUUUGGCCCUGGGCCGGAUACCUGGCUGUCUCUAUAUCUGUGGCCAAGAAAGCUGCAUCAUGGGAAGGCAUCGCUCAGGGUCAUGUCAUGGUUACUGUGGCCUCACCAGCUGAGAAUGAUUCAGCAGUAGGUGGUGAGCUGACAUCUACAGUGAAGUUACCGGUAAAGGUGAAGAUUGUCCCCACUCCCCCACGUAGUAAGAGGAUUCUAUGGGAUCAGUAUCAUAACCUGCGCUACCCACCUGGCUAUUUCCCCAGAGACAACCUUCGUAUGAAGAACGAUCCACUUGACUGGAAUGGUGAUCAUAUUCACACCAACUUUAGAGACAUGUAUCAGCAUCUUCGAAGCAUGGGCUACUUUGUGGAGGUCUUGGGGGCACCAAUCACUUGCUUUGAUGCCAGUCAGUAUGGCACCCUGAUGAUGGUGGACAGUGAGGAAGAGUAUUUUCCAGAAGAGAUCACUAAGCUGAGGAGGGACAUAGAUAAUGGCCUGUCUCUCAUCAUCUUCAGUGACUGGUACAACACUUCAGUCAUGAGAAAAGUCAAGUUCUACGAUGAAAACACCAGGCAAUGGUGGAUGCCUGACACAGGGGGUGCUAACGUACCAGCCUUGAAUGAUCUGAUCUCUGUGUGGGGUAUGGCCUUCAGCGACGGCCUGUAUGAGGGAGACUUCACAAUGGCAGAUCAUGACAUGUAUUAUGCCUCUGGUUGCAGUAUUGCUCGUUUUCCAGAGGAUGGAAUUGUUAUCGCACAGACCUUAAAGGAUCAAGGACUAGAGGUCUUGAAACAAGAGACGGCGGUGGUGGAAAAUGUACCUGUGCUUGGACUGUACCAAACACCCACAGAGGGGGGAGGUCGCAUAGCACUCUAUGGAGACUCCAACUGCAUUGAUGACAGUCACAGACAGAAAGACUGUUAUUGGCUGCUGGAUGCUCUGUUGCAAUACACGUCCUAUAGCAUGACUCCACCCAGCCUCACCCACUCUAAAAACAGAGUGGUGCCCCCUACAGGCUCAGACAGGCUGUUACCACAGAGAUUGGAAGGUAAUCACCUCUAUCGUUACUCAAAAGUGCUAGAGGCCCAUCUGGGUGACCCUAAGCCUCGUCCUCUACCUGCAUGCCCUCAUUUGUCUUGGGCUAAACCACAGCCACUUAAUGAGACUGCUCCUAGCAAUUUGUGGAAGCACCAGAAGCUACUGUCAGUGGACAUGGACAAGGUUGCUUUGCCUAAUGUGAGGCCGUAUCGGCCUCAGGUUCGACCCCUGUCUCCUGGUGAAAGUGGAGCCUGGGACAUCCCCGGAGGGAUAAUGCCAGGCCGCUAUAAUCAAGAGGUGGGCCAAACCAUCCCAGUGUUUGCGUUUCUUGGUGCCAUGGUUGUGCUUUCCUUCUUCGUGGUGCAAUUGACCAAAUCCAAGAGCAAGCCCAAGCGCAGGAAGCCCAGAGUAAAAAGGCCACUUUACCUUCAACAACAACAAACUACCCACUCAGGCAGAAACCCCACAGUAUGAUCGGCCACACACCACACCUGAACAUGCCACGUCUGUACAUGGACAAAGAAACAAUGAACAGAUAUCCCUGAGGUGUGUGUGUGGCUGUGGUAAUGAGAUUUUUGACUCCGAUUGGCUGAGUAUGUGCUUGAGAUGAAGCCUGCCACCUUUGCCCAGACAAGGGCUUUAUCUAAUGGAUAUCAUCGUUCCCUCUCUUAUCGUCAUUCAACCCAUGCCUUUCAAUUUAGUGACCAAAUGGAGAAAUGUUUCCUCAUUUAAUUUAUUAAUGAUGAUUGAUUGAGAAUUGACCCUUGCUGUGUAUGCCAAAUUGAACAACCAAAACCAGCCAUUCACUUUCUUUGAUCAACAUAUUGGACUAUUUCCACAUGUCUUAAUUUUUUUUAUUGUGAAAAUGUGUUUUUAUAAAAUAGGAGUGUGCUUGCAUCUUUUGUAAAUAGCCAUCAAGAUUUAUCUGUUGUUGGUGUGGAAAUAUCGUUUUAAAUAUAUCUUAUCCAGUAUAAAGCAGAAAACUUGCCUCUAAAAGCUCUUGGAUGACAGUCUUGUUUUAAGGGUAACAGUGGAAAAAACGUAAACAUUUUUUAUCUAAGGGAUGAUUCGGGUAAACUGACAGAAGCAUAUAUGGCUAUGGAAUGGUUCUGUUUAUUUUUCUACUUUCAAUGAUGAAUGAACCCAUUUCAUUGUUUGCUUUAGAUACAUGUGCAUAAGAUAAAUUAAGCUGUCAUUGUUUGACUGGGUGGCCUGCCAGUUUGCCUGAACACAAGGAGUAAAAUAUCACCUCAGAAUGCUCUUGGAUGAGAGCCAUGUUUGGCUUUGAUCCAUCCUUGUGUAGUUAUCUUUAUUAUGUGAAGUAUACGCAUACAGGAUAUAUAAGCUGUGAUAGACGGUGCCUCAAAGUAUUUGGGCACACAAGCCUCUCUUACAAAACCAUGCAAUGUCAUUGUAUUGCAGACAUGGCACAAGCUUAAAAAUUCACAAGAUAUUUUAAAUGAUUAAACAAUAGAUUUACAUAACCAUGCCCAAAGAAAUCCUCAUCUUUCAAUAUCCGAUCAACUGCUUGGCUUAGCAGUCUCGUAGUCACCAAUGCUUUUGCUUUAGGGUAGUGUAAAAUCGACUAAUUAAAUUAGAGGUGAUAUGUGCUGGGCAUUCUCUCUAAGUCUCAAUCCUGGUCCAUUUUUGAUGGAAAGAAUAGCCUGUGCAAAUGUCACCAGUCCCUUUCAGGUGGCGAACCAUGAUAGAGGUUAAUGACAUGAAAAGCAUGGAACUAACCAUGACCAGCUGUCUGUGCUUAAAUGGAUUUCACAAAUCUUUUCACAAAGAAGGUCACAUGUUCUAAUUGCCCCACAUAUCUAAAGAGUUCCAGCCUUUCUUGUGGUUGUCUCUGCCAUUGGAACAGCCUUAAACAGAGAACCAUCUUUGUGCUCUGAUGUCCAGGGGAAUAACAGUGAGCCUGUAGCACCAGGCUCCAUCAUACCAUCCGCCUCCACAAGACCACCAUGGAGCACAUGCCGUUAAAUGUGGGAUCUUGCAGUUCUCCCAAAAAUGAAAAUUCCCUCAUUUACUCACUGUCAUGCCAUCCCACAUGUGUAUGCUUUUUUUUCUUCAGCAGAACACAAAUGAAGAUUUUUAGAAAAAUAUCUCAGCUCUGUAGGUUCAUAUAAUGCAAGUGAAUGGUGGACAGAACUUUGAAGCUCCAAAAAGCACAAAGUCAGCAUAAAAACUAUCCAUACAUCCAGUGGUUAAAUCCAUGUUUUCAGAAGCGAUAUGUUAGGUGUGGGUGAAAAGAAGAUCAAUAUUAAGUCCUUUUAUCAUAUAAAUCUCCACUUUUGACAAGGCCUGACCAGUAGGUUGAGAUCAGCAUGAGGAAUUCGAAUCGCAAAAACCAAAGUAGUAUUUGGAAGUGAAAAUGGAUAUUUUUUGGUAAAGAAUUACUUAAAUAUUGAUCUUUUUCUCACACCUAUCAUAUCAGUUCUGGUAAUAUAGAUUUAACCACUUAUCUGGAUAAUUUUUUGCUGCCUUGGUGUUUUUUGGACCUACAGUCCACAGUAAUCCAUUUUGCAAUUUAAUUAGUCAAUCUGUCCUAUAUAGAUCGAUUGUAAGGGCUUUUUUUAAGGACUUGUCAAUGUACUUCUGCAUCAGAUGGACACAUUUGGAGCACAUUGGUUAAACACUUUUUCAGGUUAAGCAUUGUUUGAAAUUUAGAAAAGAACACCUCAAGAUCCCUGCAUUCGGAAUUGCACUCUGUCCAGCUGUUUUUGAACACAAGCCUGGUUUUGUUGUCUGUACAGCUGCGUGUUGCCUAUACUGCUGGAGAUUAGCUUACUGCCCAGUGCUGAAAACAGGUUGUACUUUAAGCUUGAAUUGCUCCAAUGGUAGGGAUACUCCUUAUGUUUAUGAGACAUAACUAAACAAAACAAUUUUUUUUAUAUAUAUAUAUAAUUAAUCGCACUGAAGUAAUGAAUUAAAUCAACAGACCUAAUUACAAAAUGAAAUUGGAUAGAUACUGCCUGAGUAGAGUAUGAUUCAAAUAGACUUUUAAAAAUCUUUAUGCAACAAUCACAAACAACUUGACAUUGGUCAAAAUGUUGGAACCUUGUUGAUUAAAGAGAAAAAACUGUGAUUGUGCUGUUUGUAUUUUGCCACUUAUUAUGGAUAAAUGACAGACAGGCUUUCAGUGGCAGUCAGAGGAUCAGAGGUCUUUGAAGGUUUAGUUCAUUAAUAUGCAGACACAAUCAUAUGAAGUUCCUUGAGUCUGUUUGUUUUCUUUGCCUGUAGUUUUACUGUGAAUUUAUGCUUGGACUGCCAGCUCCAGUGAUUCAGUGGGUUGAUGCUUUUAUGAAGCACUGUUAUGCUGUUUUUCAUUAGGACGUUUAUGGUCAAUUGCCAUGACAGUGCACAGUAUUUGAAUAGCUUUAGAAUGUCUCCCCUCCACUUCUUGUAAAUGCAAGAAGUGCCAUUAAAUGCCAAUUGCAUUUGUUAUCUUUCAUAUUUGUUUUUGUGCAGUAUUCUUGGAACCUUUGCUGCUAGUUAUCUCACUGUAGCCAUCACUGUCAAAUACCACACAAGGCCAGUGCAUGAGAUCAAUCUUUCUUCUCUGUAGAGCAAUGGGUAACUAUGGAGUGAGAGAGCUUUCCAAUUUUGUGGUAAAUUGAAUAAAUGUUCAUAGCACUUUCAGUAUCAUCACAGAAUGCUUUUAUGUUUCUCUCUUCAGUGCCUAAAGAAAAAGUAUCAUCAUGCUGAACUCUGAAUGAAUAUGAAAGUCUGUUCAGGUUGAAGUCCUAACGCCAGAGAGAAGGGGUAACAUCCAAGGGGUAACUCAGAAAUUUCAUAUUGGUUUUUAGAAUAGUGGUUUUUGAUUCAUGAGUAAAAUAAUGUAUGUGGUUCUCAUUACUUUCACGCUGGGCCUGGUUAGCUCAGCAAGUAAAGACGCUGACUACCACCCCUGGAGUCGUGAAUUCAAAUCAAGGGCAUGCUGAGUGACUCCAGCCAGAUCUCCUAAGCAACCAAAUUGGUCCGGUUGCUAUGGAGGGUAGAGUCACAUCGGGUACCCUCCUCGUGGUCGCAAUAAUGUGGUUGGCUCUCAGUGGGGCACGUGGUGAGUUGUGUGUGGAUGUCAGAGAAUAGUGUGAAGCCUCCACUCAUGCUAUGUGUCCGUGAUAACACGCUCAACAAGCCACGUGAUAAGAUGCGUGGAUUGAAGGUCUCAGACGUGGUGGCAACUGAGAUUCGUCCUCUAUGCCACUAUGGACUUAGAGCGCAUUGGGAAUUGGGCAGGGUUUUGGAAUUGGGGUGAGGAAAAAACUAAAAAGCUGGAGUUUGUGGGGUUAGAAUAAGGAUGGCAGGAUGUCUCUGGUGGACAAUGUUUGUUAAGAGGGAAGCUGGGUUUUGCACACAGUGAUGUCUUUGUUUUCCUAGGUGCAGAUCUUACUUGUGAGAGAGUUUGAGCAUUGUUGUUCCAUGUGAGCGUGUGCUGGUUACAGUUCAUACUACAGUUACAUACUAGUUUAGAUGCUUGAUAAAUUGUUAGUCCUUGUUUAGCAACACACGGUUUGACAUUUCACAAUGACUUCCAAAUUUGUGUUUGAGUUAGGACUGUAAGAUGUUGUAGAACAAUACAUAAAAGUCUCUUCAAGUAAUGUUAACAGACCUUAUUUUAGUCAUUAACCGAAAACCGCUUUUCUAAAAACCCAUUCGAAAUUCCUGAGGGAGCCCAUGGCCUAUUAACCUUCCGGGUUGGCUUACAAAUUGACAUCAUGACUGAACAGCUCUUUUACAACUUUUAUAUGUGAAACCACCUCUGUUUAAUAAUAAUAUUACUAGUUGUAAUAAUAGCUUUUUUUUUUAGAGUGAGCUCAUUGACUUCGAUAUUCAACGUUGUUCCAACUAUCUGCUUUGGCUUUCAGGUGAGUGGGUUCAGGUAACCUCUGAUUUGUAGAUUGCGGAGUAAUACAUUCUUCUAGCUUUGUACUGGCAUUGCACCUUUGAGAAAAAGAGCAUUGGAAUUCUUUCAUUGAAUGUCAUCACUCCAAAGACAGGCCCUCAGGCUCUUUUUGUUCCCACUUUAAUAUUUUAGGUCCUUUCAGAUGCAAAGAAUGAUAACCAAUGCAUCUUUGAGGUGAGUUUUAUUUGUUAGUUCUCCCUUAACCAUGGUAACACAUGGGAAUUGUCGAAAAUGUAAUCAAAAGUCCAGUGUGGUGGCACUUCAGAAAAGCACAGGAUUAUUUGUGUCCAUUGCUUGAGGCUGAUUGAGCACAUGGCAGGAAUAGAGAGAGGAGAGAAAGGGAGAUAUGAAUAGAGCUGUGCAAGAGGGGGAUUGGUGUGAAAUGAGCUAGUGCUGAAGGUGCUUUAUUUUUUCUUCAUUACAGGAAAAGCCUUUUGAGCCUAUUGUGUAAGUGUGUUGUAGAUCUGAUGUUUGAACACUGUGAGCUGAUACUUCAAACUCUAACUUCACUGUUUCAGUGCCAUGAGGCCUUCAUUGCUACCUAUAGUAGUAUGGAGAACAGGAAGCUGUCCCACUGGGUCUUCAUCUCUGUGGUGUCCAUGUUCAAAUCAGGUUCAUCAGUGUCCACAUAUUCGUAAAACUUUAUUUUCUACGGGGCCUGGGUAGCUCAGCGAGUAAAGAUGCUGACUACUACCCCUGGAGUUGCUAGUUUGAAUCCAGGGUGUGCCGAGUGACUCCAGCCAGGUCACCUAAGCAACCAAAUUGGCCUGGUUGCUAUGGUAGAGUCACAUGGGGUAACCUCCUUGUGGUCGCUAUAAUGUGAAAAUGCUAAUUCUCUCAUCAUUUAAUCACCUUCAUUCCAUCCCAGAUGUGUUUGACUUUCUUCUGCAGAACAAAAUUUAUGAUUUUUAAAAUAAUAUUUCAGCUCUGUAGAUCCAUACAAUGCAAGUGAAUGGGUGCCAAAAUGUUUAUGCUCCAAAAAGCACAUAUAGCCAUUAUAAAAUCAAUCCAUAAAACUCCAGUGGUUAAAUCAAUUUCUUCAGAAACAAUAUAAUAGAUAUGGGUGAGAAACUGUUCAACAUUUAAGUCCUUUUUCUCUCUCUGCCCAGUAGGGGGUGAUAUGCGUGAAGAGUAUCAAACACAAGAAGAAUGUGAAAGUGAAAGUGGAGAUUGACUGAGCAGGGAGGAUAAUUUAUAGUAAAAGAGGACUUAAAUAUUGAUCUGUUUCUCACCCACACUUAUCAGAUCGCUUCUGAAGACAUUUAUUUAACUACUGGAUUACUUUAAUGCUGACUUUUUCACUUGCAUAAUAUGGAACAAAAGAGCUGAUAAAUUCUUCUAAAAAAACUUAAUUUGGGUUCAGCAGAUAAAAGAACAUCAUACACAUCUGGGAUGGCAUGAGGGUGAGUAAAUGAUGAAAGAAUAAACAUUUUUGUGUCAACUUUUCCUUUAAGGCAUAUAUUUCUGUAGGUAUGAUCAAUGAGCCUACACUACAUUUUGCCACUCCAUUUCCACCUACAGUAAUUUAUUUGCUUAAAGACAUUGAAUAGAAUAAUUUUAACAUGGUUGGAUGGCCGUGUGGUAUUGCAUUUGGGUAUGUGUGUAUGUUGUUCUGUGAUCCAGGAUCUGUUGCUGCGGCACAGACUCAAACACACCACCGUGACUAAUUCCCAUGAGUGCCUUCCCCAUGUUGCUCUGACCACAGCUUGGGUCACAGUCACGCUUCUCAUUGCAGUCUUUGUUCUGGAGAUCAGCAACGUGAUCAGUGUAGUCGUACUUCAUCUUUAUAUUUCCAUGUAAUUCUACCUGUCUGAUUCAUUGUACAAGACCCUUUACUGUAAUGAAUUGUGAUUUUUGUGGCUGUAUUUCUGGCUGAACUCAUUAACUGCAUCAGAAUGUAGGACUUUAAUGUCAUUGGACAGACAUUAUUAGGAGCUAUUGACUCGGAACACAUUCUUGCAUUAAACACUACUCAACGAAUGGAACACAGGUUUUUCUCGAGACAUAUUGAAAAGUUGAAAUUGACUGACACGGCAUCUUAAAAAUGCUGCGCUCGUGGCAUGAGAUGCUGAAAAAGCUGCGAGCGUCACAACGAUCAAAGACAUUUGUCUUGCACAUGUUCACACAGAAAAACAAGCACUGAAAUAGUGCAGACAGAUUAAAAACAUGCUUUGUGAAUGUUCCUUUAAAUAUCUGGUAAAAUAAUGGUAUCGUAAUUCACACAGCACUUCAAUGUAUAAGCAUCUAAAUGUAAUGUGAAAGUAUUUAAUUCUGUUAGACAUCUUAUGCUGUUCAUUUUGAGCUGGAAUAAUGUAUAAUAUAUAAUAAUGUGUGUUAAAAUUUUCACUUCUUUUAUUGAAGGACUUUGCCUGAUAUUUUAUGUGCAGUCCGAGUCAAUUUCUCCUAUUCUGAGGUAAGAGAAAUUGAGAUUGUGUA